AUGACCUUCUCAGUGGACUCAUCUUGGCAGCGGUGGCAGUGGCGAGUCAGAGAUGGCCUCCCCCAGUCUCCAUCAGAAGCCACACCACUGUUGUCCCAAGAUAAAAGGAGGCAAAGCUACAACCUGACACAGCAGCGGGUCGUGUUCCCCAACAACAGCAUGUGCCACCAAGAUUGGGCCGAGGUCUCCUGGAAAUACUCCAGCAACAGAAUCUGCACGACCAAAUAUACCUUCUUCACCUUCUUGCCUCAGAAUCUCUUUGAGCAGUUUCAUAGGUGGGCUAACCUCUAUUUCCUGUUCCUGGUGAUUCUGAACUGGAUGCCCUCCAUGGAAGUUUUCCACAGAGAAAUCACCAUGUUACCAUUGGCCAUUGUGCUGUUCAUCAUCAUGGUCAAGGAUGGCAUGGAGGACUUCAGGAGACAUCGUUUUGAUAGAGAGAUCAACUGCUCCAACAUCUGGAUAUAUGAAAGAAAAGAGCGGAGCUACGUGCAGAAGUGCUGGAAGGAUGUGCGUGUGGGAGACUUCAUCCAAAUGAAAUGCAACGAGAUCAUCCCAGCAGACAUACUCCUCCUCUUCUCCUCAGACCCCAGCGGGAUCUGCCACCUGGAAACUGCCAACCUGGAUGGAGAGACAAACCUCAAACAAAGACGUGUUGUGAAGGGCUUCUCAGAGCAGGUUGUACAGUUCGAACCCGAACAUUUCUGCAACACCAUCGUGUGUGAGAAACCCAACAACCACCUCAACAAAUUUAAGGGUUAUAUGGAGCAUCCUGACCAGACAAGAACUGGCUUUGGCAGUGAGAGUCUUCUGCUUCGAGGCUGCACCAUCAGAAACACUGAGGUGGCUGUUGGCAUCGUCAUCUAUGCAGGCCACGAGACAAAAGCCAUGCUGAACAACAGCGGCCCACGGUACAAACGCAGCCAGAUCGAGCGGCGCAUGAACACAGACAUCUUCUUCUGCAUUGGGCUCCUCUUCCUCAUGUGCCUCAUUGGAGCUGUAGGUCACCGCCUCUGGAAUGGGACCUUUGAAGAACACCCUCCCUUUGAUGUGCCAGAUGCCAAGGGCAGCUUCCUUCCCCUUGCCCUUGGAGGCUUCUACAUGUUCCUUACAAUGAUCAUCCUGCUCCAGGUGCUGAUCCCAGUCUCCCUGUACGUGUCCAUUGAGCUGGUGAAGCUUGGGCAAGUCUUCUUCCUGCACAAUGACCUUGACCUGUAUGAUGAAGAGACCAAUUUGUCCAUUCAGUGUCGAGCCCUCAACAUCACUGAGGACUUGGGCCAGAUCCAGUAUGUCUUCUCUGACAAGACGGGGACACUGACUGAGAACAAGAUGGUCUUUCGGCGUUGCACUAUCAUGGGCAGCGAGUAUUCUCACCAAGAAAAUGCCAAGCGACUAGAGACCCCAAAGGAGCUUGACUCAGACAGUGAAGAAUGGACCCAAUACCAGUGCCUGUCCUUCCCAGCCCGAUGGGCUCAGGGCCCAGCAACACUGAGGGGCCAAAGAAGGGCCCAGCCUCUGAGGAGGUGCCACAGUGCCCAGGUACCCAUCCAGAGCCACUUCCAACAAAGGUCUGUGGGGCGCUGUGAAAGCUCACAGCCUCCUGUGGCCUUCAGCAGCUCCAUAGAAAAAGAUGUGACACCAGAUAAAAAUCUACUGCCCAAAGUGCAAGAUGCUGCCCUGUGGCUGGAGACCUUGUCAGACUCCAAACCUGCCAAAUCUUCCCCCUCCACCACCUCCUCCAUUGCUGACUUCUUCCUUGCCCUAACCAUCUGCAACUCUGUCAUGGUCUCCACAACCACAGAGCCCAGGCAGAGGGUCACCAUGCCACCUUCGACCAAGGCUCUGGGGACGUCCCUGGAGAAGAUUCAGCAGCUCUUCCACAGAUUGAAGCUUUUGAACCUCAGCCAGUCAUUCUCGUCUACUGCGCCCUCUGACACUGACCUAGGGGAGAGUCUGGGGGACAAUAUGCCUACCACAGACUCAGAAGAGAGAGAUGAUGCAUCUGUGUACAGUGGAGGCUACUCCACCGACGGUGGCUACAGGAAUAGCACAUGGGACCAGGGCAACAUCCAGGGGUCUGGAUUGGAUGCUUCCUUGGAGGAGGUGCUGGAGGCCCCAGCUCUAGGCCUCGCAAGCCCUGAACUCUAUUAUGAGGCUGAGAGCCCUGAUGAGGCAGCCCUGGUGCAUGCUGCCCAUGCCUACAGCUUCACACUGAUGUCCCGGACACCUGAGCAGGUGACCGUGCGCUUGCCCCAGGGCACCUGCCUUACCUUCGAUGUCCUCUGCACCCUGGGCUUUGACUCUGUCAGGAAAAGAAUGUCCGUGGUUGUGAGGCACCCACUGACGGGUGAGAUCAUCAUCUACACCAAGGGCGCAGACUCGGUUAUCAUGGACCUGCUGGAAGACCCGGCGUGUGUAACUGACACGGAUGUGGAAAAGAAGAUGAGGAAAAUCCGAGCCAGGACCCAGAAGCAUCUAGACUUGUAUGCAAGAGAUGGCCUUCGAACACUGUGCAUCGCUAAGAAGGUUAUAACCGAAGACGACUUCCGGCGAUGGGUCAGUUUCCGGUGUGAGGCAGAGGCAUCCCUCGACAACCGAGAUGACCUUCUGAUGGAGACCGCACAGCAUCUAGAGAAUCAACUCACUUUACUCGGAGCCACUGGGAUUGAAGAUCGGCUACAAGAAGGGGUUCCAGAUACAAUCGCCGCUCUGCGGGAGGCUGGGAUCCAGCUCUGGGUCUUGACUGGAGAUAAGCAGGAGACAGCAGUCAAUAUCGCCUAUUCCUGCAGAUUGUUAGAUCAGACUGACACUGUUUACUCCAUUAAUACAGAAAGUCAGGAAACUUGUGAAUCCAUCCUCAACUGUGCACUGGAAGAAGUAAAGCAAUUUCAUGGACCACAGAAGCCAGACCGCAAGCUCUCUGGAUUCUGUCUACCUUCUGAGACACUACCCCCCACCUCAAGAGCUGCAAUUCCAGAAGUUGGAUUGGUCAUCGAUGGGAAGACAUUGAAUGCCAUUUUCCAGGGAAAACUGGAGAUGAAAUUUUUGGAGUUGACUCAGUAUUGCCGGUCUGUCCUGUGCUGUCGUUCCACCCCGCUCCAGAAGAGUAUGAUAGUCAAGCUGGUGCGAGACAAGUUGAGCGUCAUGACCCUUUCCAUAGGUGAUGGAGCAAAUGACGUAAGCAUGAUUCAAGCUGCUGACAUUGGAAUUGGGAUAUCUGGACAGGAAGGCAUGCAGGCUGUUAUGUCCAGCGACUUUGCCAUAUCCCGCUUCAGACACCUCAAGAAGCUGCUGCUUGUGCAUGGCCAUUGGUGUUACUCGCGCCUGGCCAGGAUGGUGGUGUACUACUUCUACAAGAAUGUGUGCUACGUCAACCUGCUCUUCUGGUACCAGUUUUUCUGUGGUUUUUCUGGCUCCACCAUGAUCGAUUAUUGGCAGAUGAUAUUCUUCAAUCUCUUCUUCACCUCCUUGCCUCCUCUCGUCUUUGGAGUCCUCGAUAAAGACAUCUCUGGAGAAACACUCCUGGCGUUGCCUGAGCUGUACAAGAGUGGCCAAAACUCUGAGUGCUACAACCCGAUGACUUUCUGGAUUUCCAUAGUGGAUGCAUUCUACCAGAGCCUUGUCUGUUUCUUCAUUCCUUACCUGACCUACAGAGAUUCUGAUAUUGACGUCUUUACCUUUGGGACACCCAUCAAUACCAUCUCCCUCACCACAAUCCUCUUGUACCAGGCAAUGGAAAUGAAGACCUGGACCAUUAUCCACGGGCUUGUUCUUGUAGGCAGCUUCCUGAUGUACUUUGUGGCAUCCCUUGUUUACAAUGCCACCUGCGUCAACUGCAACAGUCCCACCAAUCCCUAUUGGGUGAUGGAAGGCCAGCUCUCAGACCCCACUUUCUACCUCGUCUGUUUCCUCACACCCGUCAUGGCUCUUCUCCCAAGGUACUUUUUCCUAUCUCUACAAGGGACUUAUGGGAAGUCUCUGAUCUUAAAAGCUCAGAAAAUCGACAAACUCCCGACAGACAAAAGAGACCUAGAAAUGCAGAGUUGGAGAAGCAGACAGAGGCCUGUCCCUAUUCCUGGAAAGGCUCAGCACACCCACCAUCCAGUGCCACCUGUCCCAGAACGAGCCUUCAGAGCCAGCACCCCAAAGAGCUCUAGCCCUCCAGAGCGGAAGUACAAGGAGGACUGGGUGCUGCAUGGAGAGAAAUGCAGCAGAGACCAUCUGAAGGAUCACCCAUGCCCAGGGGACUCCUCAGCUAAACUCUCAUCCAGGGAAUACCUGCUUCUGGGCCCUAGUAAGACAACGACUUCGGGAGCCUAUUCAAGUGGACAGACUGAUGAGUACAGGCCCUCAAGCAGGGGCAGUCAUCGCCGAUCCCAGAGUUCACUGACCAUAUAA